AAAUCCCUGUAUUUACACCGUGCUGAGGUGCCAUGCAGCUGUGGCUUCGGGAGGGGUUUUUGUGGACGAUUCUGCAUCUGUCUGCUCACAUCUCAUAUCAUUUGCCUCCCUGUAUUGCUGGGAUUUCUGUAUCGUUUUUAGGGAAAGGUCCUCGCGCUUAGUUGAAAGAUGCCCAGUGCGGAGCCAAGGAUGAACAGGUUGAAAUGGCCCGUCCAAUUGACCUCACUGUGCCUGGGCUGUCUGUGUUUUCUCUGCUCCGUCUCUGGGGUUUCGGCCAGCAUAUGCACAGUAACGGGUGGUGUACUGGGUAUUCACUGGAGCAGCGUCAUUGGUCUGGGCUGGCAGCCCCUGGCAGUAGAUGGCGGAGGGCCUCGGUGCUGGGAAGCCUGCUGUAUGCAGCCCACCUGCGGUGCUGUGUGGAGUCUCGGUGGUCGCUGUGUGUUACUGGCCUGUGCUCGAAAAGAGGGCUGCUCCAUUAUGUGGCUUCCUCAGCCACAUAGAAAAUCUCUGGGGCUUCUGCAGCAACUGAACAAGAGCAUGCGCAGGAAAGCUCGAAAUGCUGAGGACAUCAGAGAAAUCAGGGAAACAGAGCAUGAAAUAGAACAGGACUUGUCUGUGAAACCCACAGCGCCACCGACCACAUCCAAUGAUGUAGCCCCUCCACAUAGUGACACUGGCGAACAGGCAGCUGAGCAUAAUUCAACACUGGAUACAGACACAGUGGAUCAUUCAGCAUUGAACAACAGUAAUCAGCCACAACGGUCCACGUCUGACCCCCGUUCAGUGACUCCACCAACAACACCAGCUAUAAAAGUGCAUGAGCUGGUUGUGUCUGCUGGCCACAAUGUGGAGGUCACUUUACCACGCAAUGAGGUGGAGCUCAAUGCUUUCGUAGUGCCAGCACCCCCUACAGGGACUAACUAUGUCUUUGACUGGCGUUUGAGGACACAUCCAAAAGACUACAGUGGAGAAAUGGAGGGUAAACACAGCAAGACGCUUAAGCUCAGUAAGCUGACAGUAGGCCUCUAUGAGUUUGAAGUGGUAGUGGAUGGCGACAGUGCUCAUGGGGAGGGAUAUGUCAACGUUACUGUCAAUCCAGAGCCACGAGUAAAUAAGCCACCUGUUGCUGUGGUUUCUCCAAAGUACCAGGAGAUCUCCUUGCCUACAAGCUCCACUGUGAUUGAUGGCAGUCAGAGUACCGAUGAUGAUAAAGUUGUGUCGUGGCAUUGGGAGGAGGUGAAGGGGCCACUCAGAGAGGAAAAGGCCUCGGGUGACACUGCUAUUCUCACUCUAACCAAUCUGGUUCCUGGUAACUACACCUUCAGUCUUACAGUGACUGACUCGGAUGGAGCUCAGGAUUCAACCCAAGCCAUGUUGUUAGUCAACAAGGCCACGGACUACAGGCCUACAGCUAAUGCUGGACCCAACCAAGUGAUCACAUUGCCACGCAACUAUAUCACACUGUAUGGCAACCAAAGCACUGAUGACCAUGAGAAUCUGUCCUACGAAUGGUCACUCAGCCCUGAAAGCAAAGGCAAGGUGGUGGAGAUGCAGGGUGUGAGGAUGCCCAUUCUGCAGCUCUCUGCCAUGCAGGAAGGCGACUACACCUUUCAGCUCACAGUCACUGACUCGUCUGGCCAGCAAGACACGGCUCAGGUCACUGUCAUUGUCCAGCCAGAAAAUAACAAGCCACCUGUAGCGGAUGCUGGUCCAGACAAGGAGCUGACACUUCCUGUUGAUCGUACCACGCUGGACGGUAGCAAGAGCAGCGAUGACCAAAAAAUUGCCACUUACCACUGGACAAAAACCAAGGGCCCAGAAGGGGUGAAAAUUGAUAAUGCGGACACUGCAGUUGCCGUGUUGACUGGUCUGCAGGAGGGCGAGUACAUUUUCACAUUGACAGUGACGGAUGAAAGGAAGCUGGAGAAUUCUGACACAGUCUCUGUCAUUGUCAGAGAAGAGGAUGAUCAGCCACCAGUUGCCAAAGUGCUGUCUAGUCCUCCGAUCACUCUUCCCAUCCGUACAGCAUUUCUGGAUGGUUCUCGAUCAUCAGAUGAUAAGGGGAGCAUCAGCUACCUCUGGACCCGUGAAGACAGCAGCCCGGCUGCAGGGGAUGUCUUGAAUAACUCUGACCACCAGGCAGUGCUUUUUCUUGGUAAUCUGGUGGAAGGGAAGUACAUUUUCACCCUGACUGUAACUGACAGUAAGGGAAAGACAAGUACUGAUAGAGGCACUGUAGAGGUUCGACAAGAUGUUUAUGAGCGAGACUUGGUGGAGCUGAUCCUGGAAGUUGCUGUGGCUCAGGUGUCCCGCAGACAGAAGGAUAUGCUCAUCAGGCAGGUUGGCGUCCUGCUGGGUGUCCUGGACAGUGAUAUCAUUGUGCGAGAGAUUAGUGCCUUCAAUGAGCAUAGCACUCGCUUGGUAUUUCUGGUAUCUGGAGGUCCUGGACGACCUCCAUUGGUCGGCCAUAGUGUUGCGAUGGAACUGCGCAACAAAUUUCGCAAGCAAAAAAAUGAAUUCCUUAUCUUUAGGGCCCGGCGAGUGGACACAGUUAUCUGCCAGCUAAACUGCUCCAGUCACGGGGAAUGCGAUUCCUUCACCAGACGUUGUGUGUGCCACCCGUUCUGGAUGGAGAAUUUAUUCAGUACUUAUUUUUGGGAUGCUGACAGCAAUUGUGAAUGGAGUGUAUUAUAUGUGACGAUAGCAUCGUUCAUGAUCGUGGUUGCCAUAGCGACUGUAAUAUGGGGUAUCGUGUGCUGUUGUCGAAGACGGAAAAGCAAAGUGAGACGAAAGAGCCGCUAUAAAAUGCUGGAGAGGGAUGAGCAAGAGACUCUGGAAUUACAGUUACCAAGACCUGGUCGCAUGAAGCCAGUUCCUGCUCCCAAAUCUUCUGCACUCAUGCACUCUGAUUCUGAUCUGGAAAGCGAUGAUGGCCAGGCAGGAAUCCCCUGGUCUGAUCGAGAGCGUGGAAAACUCCUGCCACCCCAAAACGGAUCUCUGCAUAACGGCCAAUGUCCUCAUAAACCUAAAAAACCAAGAGAGGAGCUGCUUUAGCAUACAGACCAAACCUUUUGUAUCACACCAACACACUGUUCACCCCUCAUCCACAACACGUGUCAUGACUUUAAUUUCGGAGGGACUUGCAGGAUGUCCCGAAUGACCUGUGCACCUGCAUACCUGGGUUUAAUUGCAGUCCAGUUUGAGCUCAAAUGAAAAUGCAUUUAAACCUGAAUGGUGGAAAAAGACAGGUCAUGUAGAGCCAUGCACCUCAAAAGACAAUGAGAAUGUACUUGCUUUACUGCAGAGAUACACAAGCCGAUAUAUGUGCCAAGCAGCAACUGGAAAGGUUGGGUAUUUCAGAGUGGCGCUCUGAGAAACUUUUCCCCACCAGAAUGUCACAUAUCACUGCAGAUAACUGAGCCUGCCUCACUGUCCCCCUUCUAUGAAGCUUCCUGAUAUGACAGGCAGCCUGUCACAUCCCAACACUGCCUGACAUGUCUAUUAAUUUGUAUAUUUUUACUUGUGGUAAUAAUGCAGAGAGUGGGUCCUAAGGCAACCAAUAAUGUUGUAUGACUGCAUGAGAAGGCAAGAUUUUGCUUCCCUCAUUAAUUUUCUUUUAUGGCUUGCAUGUAUUAAAUUGAAAUGUGUGUGUGUUACUCUGUUGUCUUGCGUGGCUCUAUGUCAAAGGUGCAUUUUUGCCACUUUUAAACACCAGCAAAAUCGACGUCUGCAGCAUAAAUAGCCAUGUUCGUCAGGGGUUUAAGGAGAGAUAUUCUACACUGGAAAUUGCAUUGGAUGUUGCACUAGGGCCAUUUGCUUACCCCCCUCUGGUUUUUGAGAAUGAUUAUGACUGGAUGGGGUCUGGCUGGCUUACUCAAACUGGAUUUAGCCACUAGUCAAUAAAUCAUGUUUUUGUUA